AAGCAGUAUGUAUUCUGCAUGGAACUUCUAUCAACUCAGAUCUAGAUUCACGUCUAAUAUGUCUGUGGGAACUGAUGCUGUUAUCUGGCUCUCUCUGCGUGCUCCUCAGAAAGCUGACAAUUGCCAUGUUCUCACUGUUUUUAUUUUCCUUUCCACAGCUUUGCCUCCCUGCAGCUACUUGUACAGAGUACCAGUACCUUCAGGAACCAGACCUCAGGACAGAAGACAGGCAAGAGCGGAGCGUGAGAUGUUUCAAAGCCAGCACAUGGAGAGACUGAAACAGGAAGAAAGGUUGCAAAGGUUUAGAGAAGAGGAACAAAAGAGGCAACAAGAGGGCAAACUACUACAACUUCUGGAAGAGACUAAAGGAACCUUUGAAGCACAAAGGGUCUAUCUGGAAGAACAGCUAUCACAGGAGAAACAAUUGCGCUAUGAAAUACAGAGGAAGGCAGAGGCACAUAUCAAUGGGCUGCAAGCUGAAAUCAAAAGACUCAUGGAGAAGAGGCUUUCUACUGAUGCAUACUCAGAGGGAAGCCUCACAGGACCUGCACCUUCGCUGCAGUCCCUGACUCCAUCUCAGACGUUGCAUCCUCAACCUUCCCCAGUACAACCAGUACCUUCUACGGUUACAGAUGGCACAAACAGGACCAGGGAAAUUCAUGCCAAAACAGCAAAAACCAUAACAUUGGUUCUAGUUGAACAGCUAAUGCAGGCUGCAAACACAAUUGCUAAUGGGAGCAAUGCAGCUGAGCAGGAUUCUUUGAAUGCAGCUACCAAAGAACAUCUUUGGAACUACAACCAAGACUGCAAAAAUGAAGAGACUGAAGUAUUUGGGCACCAGAUAAACACAGAAAACAGAGAAAGCAUUCCAUAA